CGGUAAUGCAGUUUCCACUCGCUAACUGUCAAAGUUAAAAUCAAAAGUUUCCGAAUUUGUUUUUGCUUUAUUUGUUUUUUAGCGUUUUUAAGGAUGUCGCGUAGACCAAGACGUCCCAGGGUCGCCAGACAUGAGGACUUUCAGUUUGGGUUCAACAUGUUUCCCGAGCUACCCAGGCCCUUUAACGUAACAUACAAAUGCUAUUCUGUGGCUAUGUUACCUGGCAAUGAACGGCAGGAUGUCGAAAGGGGUGGAAAAAUUAUAAUGCCCCCAUCAGCUUUAGAACAGCUGACAAGGUUGAAUAUUAACUACCCAAUGUUGUUUAAGCUGGUCAAUAAGAAAACAAAUCGUACAACUCACUGUGGUGUCCUUGAGUUUGUAGCCGAUGAAGGAAAGGUUUAUUUACCACUAUGGAUGAUGCAUAAUAUGGUGUUGGACGAAGGAGAUUUUGUACAAAUGGAAAGUGUUUCUUUACCUGUGGGAACAUUUUCCAAAUUUCAACCCUUAUCUCCAGAAUUUUUGGACAUUACCAACCCAAAAGCUGUUUUGGAAAACUGUUUAAGAUCAUUUGCGUGCCUAACGUCGGGAGAUAUCAUAGCUGUGAAAUAUAAUUCGAAAGUUUAUGAAUUAUGUGUACUGGAAACAAAGCCUGGGGAUGCCAUAAGCAUUAUUGAGUGUGAUAUGAAUGUUGAAUUUGAAGCCCCGGUGGGUUACAAAGAGCCCGAACAUAUUAAAAAAGAGGACGAAGACAUGCAAAUCGAUCCUUCGGAAUUAAUGCCCGAACCCGCAGGUUUCAUAGCAUUUAAAGGGGCGGGCAAUAGACUUGACGGCAAAAAACGAAAAGAUUCCACGUCAAGCGACUCGACGACGUUGCCGACCAAAACCGCCUAUGUUAGGGGAAUCCCCGAUUAUGAUUACGAAAUUGGUACGUUGAAAUUUAUAAGAAGGAAUUUUAAACCGGCCAGCAAAGAGAGUGCAGAAAAUAUCGAUUUUAAAGCGUUCAGCGGCAACGGGUUCAGUCUCAAAGGGAGAAAGUAAUUAAUCUGUGAUUUGUGUUUUAUAAAAUAUAAAAAAAUGUUUAUUUAUUUUGGAUUUAUUAAACUUACCAUAAGUU